AUGCCUUUUGAGUGGUUCAACAACAACAACAACAACAACAACAACAACAACAACAACAGGCACAAAAGCAAUCUCAAGCUGCUACAAGUAUGGGAGCAGCCGCUACACGCGUGGCUUGAUGCCUUUUCCACGCAAGCCGAGAGGUCGGAUCUCGCGGAUCUCGUUCGGACCGGGCACGCCGCGCUGCACGAAGACGACCAUUCCUUUCAAGGUCGCACGCAAGCACCCCAAGCGACCUCAACUUUGACCUCGACCUCGAUCCCCGGAGCCAUGACGCUGCUCAAUCAGCUGCGACCACACGGCAGUGCCGUAGUCCCCCGGGAGAUCUGCUACUCUCACGCCAUUCAUGAUGAGCACCGGCUUGUACUCUUUGCCGAUAAGAGCAGAAGACUGAAACAGAAGGGUUUUGAGUCUGGGCAGAUCGAUCAUCAGAGCGACCUGGUUCCGGGCCAGAUAGUACAGGCAGCUGUCUCCUCUGCACAGCUCACUAUCAGCUUGAACUCUGCUUUUUAUCAACGGGGAGUCCAUCUAAGGACUGGAAGCUCCCCCGGCUGA